GUCGAGACAGACCAUCAAUCACCCAACCAACACAUACCGCGUGCAGUGAUCGAUGAGUCAGUCAGUCCACCCACACACCACACCCAGCAAGCGUCGCUCGCAUCGCACUAGCCAACAGAGAAUAGAAUGACGUUCCUCCGGACACAACACACUCGAGCACACCACUUCUGCUCCUCUGCUCGAAACUCGAAAAAGCUCGACAGCUAGGCUACGUCUGUGUGAUCGCGCGAGCCGUCCGUCUGAGUGUGUUGUGUCUAUGCGGGUGCAGGUGAUGACCCCGUGUCGGCGGCGGCCUGCCGCUGCUUCCAGAUGAGCCAGAAGGGCCGCUUGAUGCGGUCCCAGAUGUUGCUGAGGCUGUCGGGGGCGGGCCGGGUGUCUAUCGUCACCUGACAGACAGAUCCACACACACAACACAACCACAACAAGGCAGGAGGGGAGGGAGGAGUGAGCGUGGGUGUUGUGCUGUGUUGUGUUGGUUGGCUGACGGGCGUGUGUUGUGUGCUCACAUACACACACCUAUAGGUACCUGUAUGUCGUCAUCGAGCGUUUGGUCAUCGUAGUAGUCGAUGAUGUACCGCACUUGCUCACCGCAGCUGUGCAGUGCACACACGCACAUCACAUCCGCGCACACAGGCACAUACAUUCCUACACACACGACUUUUCAAGCUCUCUGCCUGCCUGUCUGUCCUGGUUGUGUGUGUGUUACCUACCGAUCGACAAACCAGUCGUGCCGGUCAAAUGGCCGACCGAGGCUGCAUUAUAACACGUAUCAAAUGCAAACACACAGAGGAUUCUCUCCCCAGUGGCCCCCUCCCCUCCUCCCUCCCUCCCUCCCUCCCUCAGGUACUUACUGUGUGAAGAGGGAGUUGUAUCUUGCCCGCAGACUGAGGUCGUCCGACUUGCCCACGAAACGUGUCAACGUAGGAUUGGGGCACUCCCUGCACACAGCCACACAGACAGACAGACAGGCAGACAGACGGACACACAGGUAUUUGUAAUCAAUCUACUUGACCCACUCACUUAUUUCUCCUGCCUGGUCUGUCCUGUGGUGGUCUGUCUCACUUGUUGUGCAUUUCCUCCCACUUCAUGAUGCCCUUCCACGUCUGCUCGUUGACCCAGUUGUGCACGUAGACGGUGGCGUCCAUGUGGUCCGCCUCGGGGUCCUUGUCCUUCCGCAGCAACGCGUUGUAGAACUGCUGGGGGGACGGAUACACCCACACUGAAGCAAGGAGAGGCCCACACACACACACACACACACACACACAGACACAGACACACACGCACAUACACACAAGCAGUUGAUGGCCUGCGUGUGUCCUUGAGAUGGAUUCCCUGCCUCGUGGUCUCUCACUCACCCUCGUCUGAUCCCGUCUUGGGAAUGGUCGAGUGCUCCCUGGAGGUGCUGAGCAGCACAUCACUGUCAGCCGAUGUCGGCUUGUUGGGGAUCACAGGCAUCAUGUUGCGGGGGUCGAUCUGCUCGAAACCCUGCUGCUGUUUCUCCCUGGCCCCCUGCCGCUGUAUCUGCUGCGCCUGGUGCUCCAGCCGAGCCAUCAGACCCUCCCAGCCCCUCAGGGGCGCUGAUUCGGGGCUGACAGAGGGAGAGGGAGAGGGACUGCUUUGUGACAUCUGGGUGUGGUCGAUAGGACAGCCCGCGGCCUUGGCUUGUGCGAGUUUGGUGUGGUCGAUGGGGCAGCCUGAUGGCUGCUGUGCCGGUGGCGCAGGGGAGGCCUGUGAGGCCUGCAUCUUGGAGUGAUCAAUCGGGCAGCCAGAUGGGGGAGAGCUCGAUGCCGGAGGCAUCUUGGAAUGGUCGAUGGGGCAGCCACGCAGCUGAUUCGAAUCGUCUGAUACCAUCUUCGCCGCUUCGU